CAAGACAACGUGAGAGAGAGGGAGGGAGAGAGAGAGACAGAGAGAGAAGGCUCUUUGGGUCUCUGACAGAGGGAGACGAUCGAUAGACCGAGAGAGAGGGAGAAAGACUCGUUUCGGUGGUCGUCUCCUCAAUCCGGGCUUCAAAUGCGAUCAUUCCUCUGAAACAAAUUGCUCCCUACCGAAACCUUAUCCGCCGUUGAAAGGUUUCCGUUGUCGAGCCGAGGCCGAUUGGUUCCUCGCGGGCAGAGAGCGAGAUCGGGGCCCCCUUCCUUGCAUUCUGUCCAUUGUUCUUCUCCCCCGCCACCGUAUCCGGGAACAAGGAGGUUUCCUGAAGAAGCUGGGAUCGGAUCCAGCGUUUGAUCGGGAGGUGCGCCUCGGAUGAGGACCAUCUAUGUUCCAGUCAUCGCGGAAAACGAUGAAAUGGUCCUCGUUGCCUAAGGACCUUAGGGAGAAGGUCGGGCUCUCCGGUUCCCAGCCGCAGCCUGCCUCCUACCUGUUCCCUUCGCUCUCCCUCGCUGCCGAACAUGGUGGAGCUGCUGGCGCACCCGAGUCGGCCACGGCGUUGGGAUACGGAUCGCCCGUUUCAUCCCCUGCGAGGUUAGUAGAAGUACACAAGCUUUCUUUUGUUGUUGGAAGAGCCUUUGUGACAGAUGUGGAGAAGUUGAGAAUCUAUAGCAAGGGAAAUUCUCUGAAUGUGACAGACAAAAUAAAAUUAUUUAUUGAAGUUAAGGAUGGGAUUGGCCAUGGUUCUAAUUUGUUGCAUGCAGUAGAAGUUCUUGUAACAGGGGUAUGUUCUUGUUCUUGUUGUAAUUAUAGUAAUAAAAGCAUUCAAGGAUUGUCAAGGGGUCCUAAGUGUAUUCGAAAUUUAUGUGAUGAAUAGCCAAAAUUUGAUGCUAACAUAUUCUGCUUACAGUAUUUAUAAUAGACCUGAACUUUAGAGUAGAGAAUUACAUGAUAUUUUAUUUAAUAUUCCUUUUUGUAACUUGGAUAAAUGCUGCUACUUUUUGAGGAGAAUUUGCUAUGGAAAGUUGCUGCCUGAUUUGAACAAAUAACAAUAUCUCCAAUUCACCAAAGGAAGGUGAAAAACACACAUGAUGAAGUACUGAUUGAGCUGAGUGGCAUGUGUCAGCAAGGGUUAAUUCAUUCUGUUCUAGAGGGGGUGCAGCAACUGGUACAUCAUGGAAUUGCACUGUUAGGAAGGCAAUUGAUAAGCAACCCCUAUUGGAUUCUGGCAUUCUGUGCUGUCUUAUUCAUAUUCUUAGUGUGCUUUUGAAUGCUGAUAAGUCCAAAGGAGAACAAAU